AUGGCCUUUCGGUUUAAUAAUCGUUUAUCCUCCGGCAAAUUUGGAAAAUUAUCGACAAGAAAUCUGAGUAAUUCUGCAAAACUUCACGAAGGACUGCAUUCUUGGUUGAGAAAGAGACAACUUGACAGUGAAACGGCGAAUACAUACGUCCCAGCGAAAUUUGCGAAAUAUUAUACAAGAGCGACAUCGGUAUGUACGAAAAAACCUCAGGAAAUUUUUUUUGCAUGUCUACGACUCCGGCUUAGUUUAUAAUAAAGUGUUUUUUUAAUAGGAACAAGAAAAUAUCGAAAAAAAUAGGCCCCAUGGAGCUCGAAUAGUCGAUAUUGACGUUUUAAAGGACCAACUACAUCAAUGUCAAUUCUGCCAAAAAUGUAAAAAUACAAAUGGACACAAAAACCUUUAGCCCCUCACUCCUGGCUUUUAUUUUCAACCUUUUACAGCUGAAUUAACUAUUUGGAAGUUUAUUAGUUGUAUUAUUUAAAAUGUAUGGAAAUGUAUACACAAGAACACAGUCAUAAAGAAAUGUUAAUAUAAUAAACAAGCAAGUUGUAUAUAUAGUAACAGUAAAACCCUACAUUUGUAACAUUAAUAAUACUGGGUUUUUAUAUGGGUAUUUAUUGUAUAUCGUACUAAAAAUGUUUUUUUGUUUGUGUAAUUUGUUUGAUUUCCUUGCAAAAAUAUAUGUGCAAUAUGGACACAUGUUAACAGCUUGUAUAUAAGCAAAUCAAAUAAUUUAUUUCCUAAUUUAAGGUCCUCUUUCACUGGCCAAUGUCCUGGAUGAAAAACAAUAUGGAUUAGCAAGUAAGCUAAGAGUAAAAUGCCAGUUUUGUUCGGUAGAAAACUCAAUUGAGACAUCUUCCAUGCACAAAUCUGGAAAGUUUGGCCCAAUGGCAUACGACAUUAACACCAAGGCUGCUUUAGCUUGUCUUCACACAGGAAUUGGCCAGACACAUCUGAACAGUGCAAUGUCUAUAUUGAACAUCCCACCUAUGAGUAGAGCAUGUUUUAAAACCAGAGAAAGGGAAACAGGGAAAGCAGUUGAGAAGGUGGCCCAUCUCACAUGCAAAGAAGUGACAACAAAUGAAAAAAACCAUGCAAUUGCCACAGCACAACCAGAUGAAAAUAAUUUAUUACCUGUCCCUUGUUCAUAUGAUAUGGGUUGGCAGAAACGAGGGAAAGGGUUCAACUCCAAUACUGGGCAAGGAGCAGUUAUGGGAUUACAUACUGGGAAAAUUUUGGAUUAUGCCACAAAAAACAAAACAUGCAGAACAUGUGAUCAUGCUCGUCGGAUGAAAACAACCCAACCAAACAUGACUGUAGAAAGAAUCACACAGGUUCAUCAAAAGCUAUGGAGCCAAUUUCUGCUGUUGAACUCUUCAAUAAUGCUCCCAAACAAGGUGUAAAGUAUUCAACAUACACAGGCGAUGAUGAUUCAACAACAGAAAGCUAUAUUCACCAACAGGUUCCUUGCGGAGUAGAGAAAUUCAGCGACAUUAUCCACAUGAAACGGUCUCUCACAACCGGGUUAUACAACCUCAGCAAAACGGCAAAAUUCACAGACUGUUCACCAUUGUCAUCAAAAGUAAUUGAAUAUCUGGUCAAAUGUUUUUCCAUUGUAAUUGGCCAAAACAAAGGAGAUCCAAAGUCCAUGCAGUCAUCAAUGAAAUGUAUUGUCCCUCAUGCAUUUGGCGACCAUUCCUGUUGUAGCGAGUCAUGGUGUGGAUGGAAACAAGAUUCAUCCAAUUACAGGCAUGCCAACCUUCCAUAUGGAAAAGAUUUGCAUGGACAGCCAUUAAAAUCUGUCCUUGAAGAUCUGUUUGCCCAGUUCUACACCGACAAUGUAAUUACAAAACUUUCUCCUGCUGCAAACUCGCAACGAAAUGAGUCAUUCAACAGUACUGUAGGCUCAAAGAAUCCAAAAAUUCGAUUCUACAGAGGAAGUGAGAGCAAUGAUUUUCGUGUUGCCUGUGCAGUGGUUCAAACAAAUGCUGGAUACGGUUAUGUCUGCAGAACUCUAGAAGCCUUGGGGAUAGAUCCAGGCUUGACUUGUACCAGAUAUACCCUAGAAAUGGAAAAGACAAAGAUUGUCAAAGAAAGAAUUCUCUUGAAUUUAAAAAGCGUAGAAACCAGUUACAUACAAAGAGAAUCCACAGCAUUGCAAGAAAGGAAAAACAGGAGGGGAAAACGUAUGAAACAAAUGUUGCCCUUAAUAUCGACCAAACAACUGGGCCCAUAUCUCUGCGGAAACUUUAAAAAGCUAUGA